AUUUUUUUAAUAUAAAAAGAAAAAAUAUAAAAAAGCUGAAAGGGUGAGCGAGAAGAGACAGAAAGACGCAAAACAACUGAAAUCUGAGCGAGGUUCUUAUUCCGGCAAGUAAUUAAUCAAACCAAUCUUCCCGUCUCUCAUUCUUAGUCUUGCCUGAUCGAAGUUGUGGCGUAAUCGAGGUUUAUGUAGGUGGUCAAGUUGGCAAGCUAAGCAAGAUGGAUUUUGUAUCCGGCUACAAGGGAGUUGUUGGUCGUGUUUUUGGAAAUGAUAACGCUACAUCAAAUGAAGACAGUUAUGUUGAGCGCCUGCUUGAUCGGAUUAAUAAUGGUACAAAGUCCGAGGAUAGAAGGAUGGCAAUGGUUGAACUUCAAUCUGUUGUUGCAGAAAAUAAUGCUGCCCAACUAGCUUUUGGAGUAGCAGGCAUUCCAGUAAUAUUGACUGUGUUAAAGGAGGAGCGAGAUGACGUGGAAAUGAUUCGGGGUGCUGUAGAAACCCUUGUUAGUUCUCUGACUCCACUUAAUCAUGCUAAAGUGGCAGAUGUUGGAUUGGAGGCAUCAAAGAUGAAUGCUGAUUUACUAUCAAGGGAAGUAGACAAUAUAUCUCUACUACUCAGUUUGUUGGAAGAGGAUGACUUCUAUGUACGAUAUUAUACACUCCAAGUUUUGACUGCCCUUGUCACAAAUUCACCAAGCAGGUUACAAGAGUCAAUUUUGGCUAUUCCUCGUGGUAUAACUCGACUGAUGGACAUGCUGAUGGACCGUGAGGUCAUACGCAAUGAAGCCCUGCUACUUCUUACUUACUUGACUCGUGAGGCCGAGGAAAUUCAAAAAAUUGUAGUGUUUGAAGGGGCUUUUGAGAAGAUUUUUACUGUUAUGAAAGAAGAAGGUGGUUCAGAUGGUGGAGUUGUUGUUCAGGAUUGCCUUGUUUUGUUGAAUAAUAUUUUACGUAACAAUACCUCUAAUCAGACUCUAUUGAGGGAGACAGUGGGAUUCGAUUCUGUUAUAUCACUUUUGAAACUUCGAGGAGUCUCUUAUAGCUUUACUCAGCAAAAGACGAUCAAUCUGCUCAGUACGUUGGAGACUGUUAAUCUGCUAAUUGCUUGUGGUCCUCAAGUUGAAAAAGGAAAAGAUACUAAUAGUAUGACGAACAAAACAGUGUUAGUUCAGAGAAAGGUAUUAGAUUAUCUUUUUAUGCUAGGAGUUGAGAGCCAGUGGGCCCCUAUUGCUGUUCGUUGUGCGGCAUUACGUUGCAUUGGUGAUUUAAUUGAUCAACACCCAAAGAACAUUGAUGAGCUUGCAACUAAAGUCCUUGGAGAGGAGCCACAAGUUGAACCGGCUCUAAAUUCUAUUCUUCGAAUAAUUUUGCGAACUUCUAGCAUGGAAGAGUUUGUCUAUGCUGAUUAUGUAUUCAAGAACUUCUGUGAGAAAAAUCCAGAUGGUCAAAAACUGUUGGCAUCCUCGUUGACACCCCUUCCGCAGUUAAUGACUCAUGCACCUUUGGAAGAUGAUGUAAACAUGUCAUUUGGAAGUAUGCUGCUUUAUGGUCUGACGGUGAGUGAAAGUGAUGGAGAUCUUGAGAUCUGUGCACGAGCUGCUAGCGUUUUAUCUCAUCUGUUGAAGGACAAUAUCCAGUGCAAAGAGAAGGCUUUAAAAAUUGAGCUAGGGGCAACAAUGCAGUCAAUGAGGACCACCGAGCCACUCCUGCACCGCAUGGUGAAGUAUUUGGCUGUUGCUUCCAUGGAUAAUAAAGAUGGAAAGGCAAAUGGGAAAGAAAAUCUCUAUGUUCAAGAAAUGAUUCUAAAGCUUCUGAUCAUAUGGCUAGUUGAUUGCCCUAGUGCUGUGGAAUGUUUUCUUGAUGCUCGGCCUCACCUCACUUACAUUCUUGAGCUACUCUCAAAUCAAUCUACAACAGUAUGCAUUCGGGGCCUAGCUGCUGUUCUUUUGGGAGAAUGUGUUCUUUAUAAUAAAUGCAUUGAAAGUGGUAAGGAUGCAUUUGGUAUAGUUGAUGCAAUCAGUCAAAAGGCUGGCCUUACCUCUUACUUCCUGAAGUUUGAUGAGAUGUAUAAGACCUUUCCUUUCUCCUCCAAGAAGCCUUCUGAACAUCAAAAACCUUUGACUAGAUCUAAUGCUGCUAGUAUGGGAGACACUGAAGAGGAAGAAAAUGAUGCUAGUAUGAAAGAUAGAAGGGAUGCAGAUCAUCCAAUUCUGGCAUCUUUUUUUGAUGAUGGCUUUUUUGCCAUUGUUGGUGUCCUAGAGAAUAACAUAAGAGAGAGAUUUGUAGAGAUUUAUAGCAAUCCGAAAGCGAAGGUGGCAGUUGUUCCUGCUGAGCUCGAACGAAGAAAUGGAGAAAGUGAUGGGAAUUACAUCAACCGUCUGAAGUCUUUUGUGGAGAAACAGUGCUCUGAAAUCCAGGAUCUCCUUGGCCGCAAUGCAAUCCUAACUGAAGACCUAACAAAGACAGGUGCCAGGCCUGAACAAAACAAUAAUGGGCCCUCUGAGAGAUUCCAGGUUGAGACAUUCCGCAGAGAACUUCGAGAAUCAUCUCAACGGCUUGAGAUAUUGAAGAACGAGAAGGAAAAACUCGAAAAUGAUGUUACCCUGUACCGUAAUUUGGCCAGUAAGAUGGAAUCUGAAUUGAAGAGCUUAUCUGAUGCAUACUACAGUCUUGAGCAGGCUAACUCUCAACUUGAGAUAGAUGUUAUUUUAUUGAACAGCGGGGAUACGACACCUUUUCCAGAUAUUGAGGCAAUCAAAGCAGAAGUAAGAGAGGAAGUGGAGAAGGAAAGUGAGGCAGAGCUAAAUGAUUUGCUUGUUUGCUUGGGACAAGAGCAGAGCAAAGUGGAGAGACUUACCGCAAGGCUGCUGGAACUCGGAGAGGAUGUUGAUAAGCUGCUUGUGGGUAUCGGAGACGACGCUGCUUUAUCUGAAGACAAUGAUGAUGAGGACGAGGACUGAUCAUGCUGUAUGUAAAUUGUAAACCCUCCUUUCCUCGCUAUUCAAUAUUUAUCCAAUGUUUGCAUUUUGUUUUGGUACUAAAAUUUCUGUGUACAUUUGCUAGUCAGUUGUACAGUUGAUUUGUUAACUUUAUGAGUACACAAGGAAAACAUUCCAUUC